AUGUCUCUACCCAAGGACACCCUCAACCCGGACCCGGGGCUGUCGUCGCCGUUCCCCGGCCAGCCUCGCCCCUUCUCUUCGUCUCUUCCUCGAGAGGAGCUGACUGCUCGUCUUGCCGAGCCCGUUCUCCCAACCCCACCACCUGCUCGAGGGGCUUCUCCUGUUCCCGGAGGCGACGCACUACAGGCGACCGAAGCUCCCUUUAUUGGCGGGAGCUCUACUCAAGGCCCUGGCGUCUCUGCCUUGGCUGCCGCUCUUUCAAACUCUCUGGGGCAGUCACCGCCUCGUCACGGCACGCCGGCGGCUCGAGUCGGUACUCCUCCACGGUCCCAAUCUCCCGCCGUCUUCGCUCGAGCAGACACACCUACGCAUUGUGGCUCUUUUGAAUCAAGGUCCCGCGUCGGCCCCGGCAGCGCCACCGGUCCAUAUGAAGAUCAUGAAAUCGUAAAGCGACACUUGGUGCAGCCCAGUGAUGCGGAGAACCCGCCUUCAGAAGACUCGUCUCCUGUGGGAACUGUAAAGGGCAAGCAACCCACAGAUGUUGUGGCGGGCAAAGUCAAUGGCGAAGAAUUCUCCAGUUUACAGCUGCAGGGCGGCGACGUUACCCGCGGUAUUUACAAAUGGACAGAACAGGCAGAAGCGAAGAGCAAGCUCAAUCGCAGCAAAAGCUUUGAUCACAUGCGGCCUGAACCCGAGGAGGAAGUCACGGAUAUUAGCACCAUCAAGGUUCCCGGCGGAUUCAGGCGUGAUCACCUACGAAGGCGGGCUUUCAGUCCAAGUGGACAACAAGCCGAGCAGGGCGGCAGCGGAGUCGGCUCCCCUGGAACGCUUGACCAACCUAGGUUGUUUACCUCGAGCUUCCUUGAGUUUCUGUCCAUCUAUGGCCACUUUGCCGGCGAGGAACUUGAAGAAGACGAUGAAAAUCUGGGACCAAACGAAAUCUGGGACUCGGGAGAAGAUCGCGACGGCCGAGAUGAGGAGCCGACCGAAGAUAGCGCCCUCUUGGGCCCUUCAAAGAAGAGGCGGAAGAGAAAGGCACGCGGUGGCAGCGGCAAGAACAGUCCCAUGAAUGCUGCACUGCUGUUGUUGAAGUCCUUUGUGGGUACAGGGGUCCUGUUUCUGCCCCGAGCCUACCUGAACGGCGGAAUGCUCUUCAGCAACCUCGUAUUGCUGUUUGUCAGCGUUCUUAGCUACUACUGUUUUGUCCUUUUGGUGACGACGCGCUUGAACGUCGAGGGCUCGUUUGGCGACAUGGGCGGUAUAUUGUACGGCAAGUGGAUGCGGAGUCUGAUUCUGGGCUCGAUUGUCAUCAGCCAGAUCGGCUUCGUAGCUGCUUACACCGUCUUUACUGCCCAAAAUCUCCAGGCUUUUAUCCACGCGGUAUCCGACUGCAAGGCGUCAAUCACCAUCCCAUUGCUUAUUCUCAUGCAGACGGCCAUUUUCCUCCCAUUCUCCCUUCUACGUGAUAUCGGAAAGCUGGGGUUCACAGCCCUCAUUGCCGAUGCGUUCAUCAUGGUCGGUCUGGCAUACCUGUUUUACUACGACAUCAUUACGCUCAACGCAAAUGGUCUGGCAGAUGUCAUCAUGUUUAACCAGAAGGAUUGGACCCUGUUCAUCGGGACCGCCAUUUUCACAUUUGAAGGCAUCGGCCUCAUCAUCCCCAUCCAGGAAUCGAUGAAGCAUCCUACAAAGUUCCCUCGCGUUCUCUUUCUCGUCAUGAUUAUCAUCACAGUUCUUUUCACAGUCAUGGGGGCGGUUUCAUAUGCCGCCUACGGAUCCAAGACUGAAACCGUUGUUCUGCUCAAUCUGCCACAGGACGACAAGUUCGUCAACGGAGUACAGAUGUUGUACUCUUGUGCUAUUUUGCUCUCAACACCGCUACAGAUAUUCCCUGCCAUUCGUAUCAUCGAGACGGAGCUGUUCACCCGUAGCGGCAAGUACAACCCUUGGAUCAAGUGGAAGAAGAAUGUGUUCCGGUUUUUCAUGGUGAUGCUCUGCUCUGCGAUUGCGUGGGGAGGUGCGAACCACCUUGACAAGUUUGUUGCCCUGGUUGGCAACUUUGCAUGUAUUCCACUGGUGUACAUUUACCCCCCCCUUUUGCAUUACAAGGCAGUUGCUCGAACUAGAUGGUGGAGAAUUUCCGACAUUAUCCUAUGCAUAUUUGGUUUCGUCGCAAUGGCAUACACCACUGCGUUGACCAUUAUGAGCUGGGCGACUUCUGAACCCCCGAGCCCAGGAUACUGUGACCGGAAGGGACCGUAG